AUGACACCUUCCCGAAUGCUACUUGUUAUCGCCCUCGGUUUCACGGUGGGCGUCGAGGCGGUCCUGCCCAAAAACGAUACGACACCGGGUGAGUGUACGAUGGUGGGUGCGCUAAACCCUCGCGAAUGCUGCCGUAGCUUCACGGAGCUGCACGACGCCAUCAUUGCGUGUAUGCCGAAACCGGACAGGGCCGGGACGACGUGCAUCGCCCAGUGCAUUCUACAAGGGUACAGUCUGAGACCGUGGGCCAGCAGCGUGCCGCUAUCGUUGUCCCGCAUCAUCACCUAUGGGCCGAAGUUGGCUGCCCACUUCGACGAGUGUAAGACGGACCUGAUGGACUUCCUCCAGGGUAACAUGUUCCAGGGAGACUUCCAGCGCGUCGUGUGCGAUGAGCGAGUGAAUCGGUUCUUCGUCUGCAUGGUCAAGAGUUGGUUCCAGGACUGUCUAGGGUUCGAUGAUACCAGUGAGAAAUGCAACGAGAUGAAGGAGAAAACCCAAUCGGGUAGCUGUAACAUUUCAACAUUCUUCGGAAUUUCCCGGGUCGAUUAG